CCAACCCCCGUUACCGCGGUGACACAAACACAAGUCAACACUCGAACCGUCAUACAAAAAGUGCUGAAGUCUUAAAGAACUCGACCCACUCAAACAGACGUCAUCAUGACAGCAGGUGCAGUGGCGGCGCCGCGUAUCAUUCCCAUCAUGCACCGGGACAGACUACGAGCAAAGCACCACAUUGACACGAGCACACGUGUGUGCAUUCAGUCAGACACUCGUGACGCACAUGUCUUCUUCACGCUCGACGGCUCCAAGCCACUACCCGAUCAAAUCGGGACAGGAAGUGUCAGUCGGCGGUACCGCGCGCCACUGCAUCUGCCCGCCGGCCGCGUCUGCGUCAGAGCGAUGGCUGCCACCAGCGAUGGCCGAGAGAGCGCCAUCGUGACUAAAGUCUUCCUGGUUCAACUGGAUGAAGAGGAGGAGCCUACGCAGCAGGCCGAUGUUGAAGAUUCACACUCGCCUCAAGGUCACAAAGGGUCUUCAGGGUCAAAGAUGGCGAGCGGCGCCUCUCCUCGUGUUGUUCCUCGUUUCUUCAAGAAUCGUGUGCCCCUGGCCGACACCACGCAAAGUCCGAGUUCUGAGAGCGCAGGUUUGCUGAAGCAGCUGAGCAGCACGCAAGCGUCACGCGUCCAAAGAGAGACCGACUUCUUACGGUGUGUGCACUGUUUGACCUUUCGACCUUCAGACCCGUUGGCUAGUUUCUGUGCUCAGUGUGGCGCCGCUCUGCCUCGUCUGCCGCAACACAGGCUGCCCCCUGCUGAAGGAGGACAGCUGGUGUGUUGUGUGAUGUGUAACGCUCAAGUUCCUGUCAACACACACGCUUGUUUGAUAUGCCACGCCUCCAUCAAGCAGCAGCUCCUCCCCCAAUCCAGCCUCCAACUGCAGGAUCACAUUAUGUGUGUGUGUUGUGGACGAGGGAAUCCACCUGACAUGUCAAACUGUUUGACGUGUGAAACCCGCCUCCACACGACAUUGUUGGAGACAAAUGGCGGCCCCUCGGUCCCAUUGCCACGCAACAGGAAAGUGACCUGCUCCAAAUGCCAACGACUGAACAGCUACGAUGCACGUUAUUGUGACUGGUGUGGCUGCAAGUGCGCACACGCUCUCAGCAGCGUGUUGUGUCGUCGUUGUGGUGCAAGUGGAGCCCCACACGCCAUCUACUGCUCGGCCUGCGGCGCUUUCUUGGACGCUUCCCAGACUUCCUGUAAUGACGUCAUACCGCCUACGGGGGGCGCUGACACGAACCAGUUUGGCCCGCCCACUAUGGAGAGGCACACACAGACCGUGGGACUACAUUACCCAUCGGCCACUGAGCUCCACAAAAAGCAGCAGCAGCAGCAGCAGAAUGUGAGCAGGAAGCAAACCAUCAAACAACCACCACACACCGCCAUCAGCCCGGGAAGAGGGUAUUGGAGGAAGCAGCUGGAUCACGUGUGCGCUCACCUGAGGAGUUUUGCUCAGAACAACGCCCCCUUCAGGACUCUGCUGGGAGAGCCUCGUCUCGGCAGGGUAAGGCAGCUCGGCAUCAUGGGACAAUCGUCAGAAGACUUGAGCUGGUGCUUUAACUUGCUGUGUGUGUGUGUGUGUGUGUACUCCAUCACUAAGAUGGUGUCUGCAGUGCUUGAAGAAGACGCUCAUGAGGUCAGCGUGACCAUCAGCUUUAUGGUGGCCUCACAGGAAGUCGGACAGGAAGUCAGACGUAUCAGUUCUGAGGGUGAGACUCUGAGCAGCGUGACGGAACGGACCCACUCGGGCCGCCACGGAAGUGGAAGAAAAACUAAUAUGAUGGUGAGAAACAGUCAACUGCUGCAGGAAGUGGGUCCAGCACAUGGUCGUGUAGAUGUGAUCCAGCAGCUCUUAGAUCAGGGGGCGGACCCACGAUGCUGCGGGACCGAUGGCCGUCAUGCCCUGGCCCUCGCCACUGCCAAUGGUCAUCACGAGGUUCUUCCGGUUUUGGUGCAGGCCGGCGCGGACGUGGACCAGCGAUCUGGGCCGUUGAAGAACACGGCGUUGCACGAGGCCGCUGCUCUGGCCUCUGGAGGUCUGCGGUGUGCUGAGGUUCUGCUCAGCUGCAAGGCCGCCACUGGCUUGCGUGACAAAAAUGGCCACACAGCCUCUGAUGUGGCCAUCAGGACUGGCUGCGAAGCCAUGGUAUCUCUUCUCGCUAGCCUCAAAGCACCAGUCUUGCCUUGACAUGGAGGGGGUGGGGUUUCCUGACUUGCUGGUCAUCCAUAACGCUAGCUACUGAGGGAUGUCAUUGUUCCAUUUAUUAAUGCACUCCUCCAAUCACAACACAUUCCGACAACGCCCCGCCAGUAAUCAGCGGCGCAGUCGUAGAAAAAAAGCGUGUCGGCACUCGCUACUGUCCAGCGGGUAAUACUUGUCGUAAAAGUCCAGGAUGUACUCCUCGGCCUUGAAGCCGAACUUCUGGUAGAGCAACAUGGCGGGAUUACUGGCCGACACAUGCAGCGUCACAUCCUUGCCCAUGCACGUCUGAAAGCAGCAACGCCAAUCAGAAUGUGGGACACUGGCGGCGACAAGCGCACGGCGAGGUUCUCACCUGGAUGAGAUGGUAGAUCAUGAAGGUGCCGAUGCCCGCUCGCUGCCACUCGGGAUGCACCAACAGGAAGGAGAUGUAGGCCUCGUUGUACUUGACGUCGGGCACCAUGAACCCGAAGCCGACUACCACCUUCUUGUAGAGAACCACCACGCUGAAGUCCGGGUACUGCAGGCAUUCGGACAGGUCCACUCCUGGAGCAGCGGGCGACGCCAGACAAAUGUAGGAAGCAUGCUUACCGUAGCCUCAUGGAAUCUUAUUGGCUCACCUGGCCAGAAGUGCUCGUGACACAUGGCGUUGACGGCGGGGAUGUGGUCAGGCCGCACGUAGCAGUAGUCGAUGGGGGCGUCUGCUUCAGGGGUACAGUCUCCUCCCUCCCCACGACGACGAGCUCGGAUCUCUGCGAGCAGCCUCAUCUUCAGCGGCCGACUCUCGUAGUCGCGCCUACGAGUUAAGAGUCAAAGGUCACAACAUCCGUGUUCCCGCCAUGCGCUGCUUUACCUGAUGUACGGUUUGAGGAGGCGGGACGUGUAAGGGCUCUUGAUGCUUUGCUCCAAACCGCCAUGUGCUCCCAUCAGUCGAUGGCAGAAGGACACCCGCGGUGCAGGGAAGCCCCUCCUCGUGGACCCCUUCACCUACAGACAAAGAAGUCGUUAACGCAUCUGCGCAUUUGGUCUUCCUGUUAGAUGAUGUUUACCUGGAAGCGAUCAAGGACACGCAGCUCCUGGCUGUUGGUUGCAAAUUGACCUCCGUUGACCUCUAGGGCUCCGUAGACUCCUCCCACCAGGCUGAGGGCGGUGCUGACCGCACGGUCGAUGUCCAGCAGGGGGAGCCCUCGCUGCCUCUUGACCUGACGGACCAGUAGCUUGCGGUGGAGGCGUUUGGCUUGCGGCGUGACGGCUAACGCUAAAGGGCAUGUGUCCAAACGCCGCCGCAGGAUCCUCUCCUCGUAAAGGCUCAGAGGCACGUAAUGAGAAUUCUGUGGGGCGCCGCCGCCCCCGUCACUUUUCUCAGAACGCCCAACCAUCCUCCGCUCUGUCCUGUUGUGGGCGCCACUAGAAAGAGGCGGGCCGACCGCUUCUUCCAAGUCCUCCUCGUGCUCCUGUCCGUCAUCGUCGUCGCUGUCUGCCUCAUGCUUGAUGUGAGGUGGUGCUGGGCGGAGCUUCUUGCGACCAAUGAAAAUGGUGGCGGGUGGAGGGGCGUACUCCAUUCCGGGGUCGAUCAUCCCGUCCGCCUCCAUCUCCUCAUCGUCUGGGCGUGACAAAAACACCAGGAGUCAAGAAUGCAGUAGGUGUGGCCUGUGAGUCAGGACCUCUAGAUGUCAACUCACCGUGGAAGAGAGCCUGAGGCGGCAUGGCGUCCGGGAUGAGGUCUGCCUCCGAUAGCAGGCUGGGCGUGGCAGAGUGGGAGGCCGGGGUCCCGGGGGCGGAGAAAUCCGGUGAGGGUGAUGGUGACGGGCUGGUCAGCGGAGUUCUAUCUGAAGAACUGAGUGAAGAGAAGUCAACGACCUCGCCUUUCUCCAGAACCAGGUCCGGUCGUCGAGCGGCGGUGCCGCCGCGGCCUACGCCCGCUUUGACUGGCGUGGAGGAAGCACUGCGGUCCGUGAAUCCGCCAGCCUCCUUCUGAGCACGCCUAAUGUCUUUGGCCUCCUGAGUCCGCGAGCGCUUCUCCUUCAGCUGCAUGGCGCUCUCCACCGGGUUUCUGGCGCCGCGCUUCCUCAGACCCUCCACGGUGAUGAUGGGCUCCAACGCCGCCUUGGAUGCUGUAUGUCCAACCCAGGAAAAGUACCAGGAUGUGACCAAAUGUGGAGAUCAAAAAAAAGCAAAUGACCAUCAGUGACAUCCAACCUCACCUUUGACCUUAGUGCUGGCCUUGUUGGUGUCUGGCCGCAGGGUCGGAGGUCGGUUGUGAACCAGCUUCCACCAACCGGGCUCGCUAAACUCCUGCGCUCCCGAGCGGAAGAAGGCAGGACUCCCGACUGACAGACAACCGGCCACGGUGCUCCACCACGUUGACGUCUUUUUCCUGUGAGGUGACCAAAGCACAUCAGCCAUAGCCUAGUCAUCAUCCGCGGGGGAUCCUCAUGUUGUGACCUUGAUCCGAGAAGGAAGUUCCAGUGUCGGCCGAUGAAGGCGCAGAUGUCCUCCUUCCAGCGGAAAUAACCUUGGCGCCCGGUUCCCUCCAGGGACAGAUUGUACAUGGCUAGCAUGACCACCUGAGAAAAACACACUGUAACUCCACACUGGGGGUGGGGGUGUGGGGGCCGUAAAGUGACCAUGUAACCUGCUGCCAGGUGAGCCGCAUCCUCUCAAAGGUCUCCUUGCCAUCUUCGGAGCAGUCAAAGCAGACAAACUUGAAGAAGUUGUCUCCUUUCAGGUAGCUGGGCUGGUCGCCAUGGAGAUGAACUAAACAAAGCAAACCCAUUCUUAAACCAGCAUUUUAGUGACACUAACAUUUGUGUUCACCCCAUUUCUAUCAGGCUAAUGCUAACCAGGCUAAUUUAGCCAAACUAACGCUAACUUAGUCUUACAAAGGCUACCCGCAGCUGAAAACGGAAAAGAAAAGAAAAUGGCAGCGUACCAGCAGGGAUCCACUUGUGGCAGCGCUCGCAGUAAAACGCCAAAUCCUCGCAGGCCCACGCUCCGUCCGCCUCCUCGCCUAAGUCGCUGGCGAGCGAGUCACCGCUCUGGUCAUGUGACAGAUCCACAGAGCCCUGGUCCUCCGACUCCACUAUGAGCAGAGUCUCGCCCUCCACUUCACCCUCUUCCAGACCCUCGGACGCAGAUGUGCAUGCAGCCUCGUCCUCGCCAGCGCCCAGCUCACCACUGCUGUCCAUGGCCCCGCCCCUACACAGAGACACAAUAAAUAUAAAUAUAUAAAGUAUGACCCAGUCUAUCAUUCUGAGGUGUUGCGUUGAAGGGCGUGGCCCAGUGAACCAAUGUAUUACCUGCUUCAAUGGUGGGUGAGGUCUUGAGGGCGGAUCUCCGCCUCUCUACGCCUUCGGUCUUCUUCUAGAUGCGUGGUCAACUUCCUGUUCUCCUCCAGCAGCCGCAAGUUCUCCUUCUUCCUCUCCAAACGCUCCAAAUCUCUGAGGACGCCCUCCUGGAGACGCUGACCUCACACAAUUAGCCAAGUUAGAUUCACUCUCUGCCUAAAACCUCGUAUCAAAAAUAUACAUUAUGGUGUAUUGUCUUAAUGCAGUCUCCUUCGUGGAACAAA